GUGGCUGAGGAUGUCGGCGGUUCCGAUGCUCCGACUGUGGCUCAGCUAAGGCGGUGCACAUCAGCCACUCACCGCCAGCCACGCGACGGCAUUCGCGCCCAAAGCUUCUGCAGCUCUCCACCACACGCACCAACACGAAGCGCGCCCGCACACCGCACACCGCAUCGCAAGGCAGCGAGCUCUCAGUCCGUCUCGGCAGCAAGGGGAAAAACGAGGCUCAGCAGGUUCUUUGCCCUGGUCUCUGACCCCGUACAGACCCCGUCGAGACCCAACCUCCUCCAGUCAUCUCCCCAGUCACAUCGAGUCCGCGCCCACCUCGUGACCUCAGAGGCUCUCAGUCAAGAUGACCCAUCGUCGGCCAGACCAGGGUGUCUUCGUUGUUUAUCCAAGUUCUUGUUCUCGUUCUUGAUGCUGGUUUGGGCUGCGGGUCGUCACUUGCGAGGCCAUCUUGGACGUGGCCCUGAUUCACACACACGCAUAACAGCAAAUGUCGUGAAUCCCCUUCAAAGUGUCGUCACGCUGUUCUUUUUCUUGCCUUUCUCCUGGCCGACUCUUGGCAAGUCUUUACCUUCUUUUUGA